AACACAACCCUGGUCAAUGACAUUUCCUCAACACUGCCUCGUUCGCAAUUUUUUUCUUUAUUUAUCGUACAAAAAUACUAAGUAAAUUUUAAUUUUAUUAACGCUUAUCUCCACAAAUAAAAGUACAUUUUUCGUCGUAUUAUUAAGAUCUACCUCAGUGAAACACACAGCUCUACCAGAUGACAUUAGCUAAAUAGAUAUUGGUGAUCAUAAGUGAUUCGAAAAUCUGCGUCCAUUCUAGGGCAAAUUGUCUUCAUUCAAAAACAAGUCAUUCUUGUUAUGUCGGACUCGGGCGGUAAUCAUGAGCGAAAGAAUGGACUGUGGGACGAGGGAUUCGGUAACGUGAAUCCAAGGCAACCAACCAUGCUACCCACUAACGGAAGCUUGUAUUCUGGCCAUGAACAAUUUAACAUGGUUCAUCCAGAUGGUGAUACGUACACCGUUUUGCCGAUUGGUAAUGGCAAUUUCAUCAAAGUGUAUCACAAAAACGAUGAGUCCAUGAACUUCAGCAACUAUGAACUGUUUUCCAGCAAUAAUUUUGGACCGCAAAAUAUGAUAAAAAAUAUUCAACCGCAACAGGAAAACUAUUUCCAUCAAAGUGAAUCGAAUGCUGUGGCCGACGACAGUAGUACGAGUAUGUUUAUCAACCAGUUGGUCGGGCAAAAUUGGGUGCCGAAUAACUCCGGAACCUAUUCACAAUUCGGUGAACCGCAACCGCAACAACAACAACAACAGCAGCAUCCACAACAGCAUAUGAUACCCCGUGAUCAUUUUAUGGGUUACGGUAGUGCACCGAUCAAUUCAACCGAUAAUUAUAGCUUUGCUUCGACUCAGUCCAACUACAACGCUCCACCGUGUAUGAGUGCGGUCAAUAGUCCUCCAUCAAUUAACGCAAACAACAGUACGUCCGGUACAAAUGGAAGCUUCCAGCAUGAGAGCAUUUUGAAAAAGACAGAGGUGAAGAAACCGCGAAUGGUCGCUGAAGUGAAACCAAUGCGAAUGACCUAUUCGGACGUUUUGAGCAAAAAUGUUUCAUUGGGCAAAACGGAUAAUCCAACCAGCACCGUUGCUCCGAAUGACGGGCCAAAUGUUCAGCCCAAAUUGAAAUCUGGCAAGAACGUCGAGAAGAACAAAAACAACUCGCAUUUUGUUGUUGAAAAGAAAAGUGGAAGCAAUAGCGACGACAAGGAGUCAGCUGCGGUCAAAACGAAACUGAACAGCGGAUCAAUGCAACGAAACGACGAUCAGAACGGUUCCAUCCCGGCCAAAGAGCAUAAAGCUUUCGUCGAGGAAGAAUUUAACAAAGAGCACAAAUCUCACGAAAGUGAUGCCUCGAAGACUGCCAAGAAACGAUCCAAUGGUAGUGUUGCGAAUAAUGGAAACGGAAACGGAAAUGCCAACGCAAAGGCUACCAAUAAACCGAAAAAUGUGAAUGGCUCCAGCAAUGAUCUCAAGAAACGUGUUCAGAACAGUGUUGACUUCGAGCAAGUCAAAGUGGACGAAACGAAAAACGCGAAAAAUUCCGGAUACUUUUACAACGUAACGAAAAAUGAGUCUCAAUCGGACAAAGUGAAUAAACAAUAUCAAAAUUCAACUCGAAAAGCCACCACUCGAACCACGACAAUCGCAUCGUCUCAACCGUCUCGGUCUAGCAAUAAGACCGAAAAAUCCAGCACAUCAUAUCAGAAGCGUAAUCAUCGAUCGCGUCAAAACAACACAUACGCAAUGUUGGUAAAAUUAUUCGAAAAAUGGCUCGAGUACAUGGUGAAAUUCGCGCUAUGGCUCUUCACAUUGGUGUACGACGUGGUGGUCUUAUCGUUUGGGAUAAUAUUUGAACGGUGCCACACAUUUGUCGACUUUGCAUUACAAUGGUAUCAGAUCAUUCGAACCGAGUUGAAGAACAAUUCCGGACUGCCAAACGCUUAUUGUAAGAAACUGUGGCUGAAGUUUGACAAAAAAUUUGCUAAAGACUCGAAGUGGGCAUUUUGGCGACGGAUAUUCAAUCGGAAAAAAAUACGAGAACCAGUACCUGAAUAUGUGAGAAGUGGUCGAUUGCCAUCCACUGGAGACGAAGCCAUGUACUCGCUGAUGAAUUGCAAAGGGAAGGAUGCUUACAGCAUUCUUGGGGUGUCGUCGGAUAGCUCACAGGAACAAAUUCGGAAGCAUUACAAAAAAAUUGCGGUUCUUGUUCAUCCAGACAAAAAUAAGCAAGCAGGUGCUGAAGAAGCUUUCAAAAUUUUACAGAGAUCCUUUGAACUAAUUGGAGAGCCGGAAAAUCGUCGCAUCUAUGAUCAAAGUUUAGCGGAAGCGCUCAAUGCCGAAAAAGCUUGGUCGGAACUGAAUGACUUAUUAACACAACUCCAAUCGAAAAUAGCUGAAGCGGCUAAUACAAUCAGAUGCAGCAGUUGUGGCCUACGUCAUCCCCGGCGACCUACUGGACGACCUCAUUUUGCUGCUAGGGAAUGUAACUCGUGUAAAAUUCGUCACACUGCCAGAGAAGGCGACAUUUGGGCUGAAACGACAAUGUUCGGUUUCUGUUGGAAAUACUUAGCUCUGAUGGAAGGCAAGGUUUACGAUAUAACCGAAUGGGCAAAUUGUCAAAAAGGCGCACUGUCUCAUCUGCAACCUAAUUCUCAUAUUGUCCAGUAUCGGAUCGUUCUCGGUUCCCAGCAGCACCAGCAACAGCAACAAAAUCGAGAGGCAACGGCUGCACAACAGCAACAAGACAAACAUUCAAGUGAACCUUCGUUGGACGAAUUUCUGGAUAAUCUGUAUAGCGGUCAAAAUCCUCAAACUCACAGUGGAUCGAGACGGCGUACACGCAAAAACUAAAAAUAAACUACGAAAUGAAUUACAAUUAUGAUUUUGAAGUAUUUUAUGAUAAAACAAACAACUAACGUAGCGUAAUAAACAUUAUACCCGUGUUGCAUAAAUAAUUUAAUUUAAAAUGAACAUUUUUUCUUUUUGUUGUUGCGAUUGGCUAGAACAACAACAACGACACAACAACACAAGAUUAACUAUUCAAUAAGAAAGUAAAAUUUUACGUGUAAUAUUCAAGUGAAAUAUAAAAUCUAAACAAUAA